AGAUGGAGUAGGUGGGGGUCCGAGCUCGAGUCCGUCGUACAGAUGACUACAUGAUGGUUAACAGACGGAUGGCCGCCGCGUUUGUUGCUUUCCAUGAGAAUAUAGCUCACUCCGUGAUUGUAAUUGUCGAGAUCCUCUUUCGUGGACUCGGCCUCACUUGGUAUAGACAGACGCCUUCACCAGAAAACAACCACCCACUUACCUUACUACUCCUACUGCUUCUUCACCUUGACCCCGGACUUUUGCAGUCUCGUAUCGUAUCCAGACCUUCAGGUGAUGCUACCCCAACCCCUGGUCGGCCGAUUGCUCUGCCAAUCUAAGCUUAUCAAGUGGUGGAAAAUUGACCGGCAUCCCGAUACUAUCUUACUCCGCACUUGCUAGUCUUUGUCGACCCCAGGAAUCCACUGCGGAGCGGCAAAUGAUAGACAAACUGGAUCGGCGAAAGAGACGGGAUUGUAACUGGAUGGUCGGUGCCACUGCCCAUUAUGUUGCUGCACUCUGGUUUCAUAUGCGGACGAAGCUAUUGGUCAUGUUUCUGAGAGUCAUCAAUCGCGGAAGACACAAGAAGUCAACGGCCAACGGUAGCUGUGCCCAUGUGCCAGCUGAAGUGUUUACCGCUCAAGAGUCGAACACAUUGUCGAGGCUGAACCCCCUGGUCUUAGCCAACCUGCUUCCCCGCUUCGCCAGGAACAAGGGACAAGCUCAAGACUUUCUCAAGUUCAGGUUUGGGUGCCGCCUCCCGCCUGAUUCGCAGCUGCGGCCUGGUAUAGACACUUUUUCCAAUUCAGUCAGGUAACGUUGUAUCACGCCCCAGAUCUCUGUAGCUGGUGGAAAUCGAACAUCCAUGUACAGUUAGGAUAAGGCGAAUAAGAGAGCAUUCGUGCUACGUACUUGUACAAAGUACGAGACAAUUAUUUCGUAAUAGCCAGCCAUUCUUCCUUAUGUAGAAAGAAGCACCCAUUGAUCGAGCCAUUUAGUCAUGUAUGCAAUGCAAUUGACCUGAUAGGGAAAGAGAAAAGGAUAUCGCCGGCUGGUUAUAAAGAGGACCGAGGGCCCGAGUCGCGAAUAAAGGACCUACGGACUCUGCGCAGAACGUGGGAAGACGGUUCAAGGGCAGAAGCAGGCGACGCCUUCGCAACUCCACCCAACGACAUGCUUGCCAACGCCAUCGCCGCCCUUCUUCUGGGCAGUGGCAUUGCUUCAGCGGCUGGUCAUGGCUCUCCAUUGACUUCCAAGGCUGGCCAUCGGGCUGUUAUUCCAGAUUGGGAUCUCAAGUCUUCCUCCGACGUCAGCAAGGACCUUGGCGGACUGUCCAAACCUGGUGUCGAUACUUCGUCAUGGUAUCAUGCCGGCACAUCGAGGUGCACGAUCAUGGGAUGCCUCAUCAACGCGGGAGUCUAUAAUGACGAGGAGCUCUGGUACUCUGACAACCUUAAUCACGUCAACUGGGGCCAGUUUUCAGUCCCCUGGGUGUACCGUCAUGAGUUUGCGCUGUCUCCUGCCAAGGGAAAGCAUUUCCUGCUGCAAACCAACGGCAUCACAUCCAAAGCCGAUCUGUUCUUCAACGGCAAGCAGAUUGCCGACAAAGAAUACCAAUCCGGUGCCUAUGCCGGUCGAACCUACGACAUUACCAACCUUGCGGCCAAGAAAAACGCCCUGCUUGUCCAAGUUUAUCCGACAGACUACCUCUACGACUUUGCCCUCGGAUACGUCGACUGGAACCCCUAUCCAAGUGAUAACGGCUCCGGGAUCUGGCGUGAUAUCACCAUCAAGGAGACUGGAUCGGUCUCCAUGGGCCCAGUCAGUGUUCUUGUUGACAUAGAUGUUCCUGUCGAGAAGAACCCUGCCAGGGUCACUGUCCGGGCCGAAGCCCAAAACCUGGAGAGUCAUGCCGUUGAGUUUAACGCUGCAGCCGUCAUCUCGGGCAACUCUUGCAGCGGAGAGGCUCUAAAGCAGACAAUCAAGCUUGCCCCUGGCGAGAAGAAGCUGGUCCAAUUCACACAGACUAUCAAGACGCCCAGCAUCUGGUGGCCCAAGCAAUGGGGUGACCAGCCCCUGUAUACCGCCGAGGUAACUUUCUCUGUGAAGGGAGCUGUUUCAGACACAGCUCAGACCAAAUUCGGUGUUCGAAAAGUCACUUCUUUCGUCAAUCAGUUCAACGACACCCAGUAUAGCGUCAACGGCCACCCCUUCCAAGUCAUCGGCGGUGGCUACGGAGCUGACAUGUUCCUUCGAUGGGAUAGCGAGCGAUUCACUCGCAUUGUCGAGUAUAUGCUUGAUAUGCACCAGAACACGAUUCGCCUAGAGGGCAAGAUGGAACACCCCGAGCUGUACGAGAUUUGCGACGAAUAUGGCCUGAUGGUGAUGCCAGGCUGGGAAUGCUGCGAUAAGUGGGAGGCUUGGGCUUACAACGACGAACUCGCCAUUUUCCCCCCACCCGUGUGGGAUGCGAACGACUAUGAGACCGCCAACUAUAGCAUGAUUCACGAGGCCGCAAUGAUGCAGCCCCAUCCUAGUGUGCUGACCUUUCUCGUUGGAAGCGAUUUCUGGCCCAACGACGAGGCCGUUGUCCUCUAUGCCAAUGCCCUGAAGAAUGCCGGCUGGCAGACGCCCAUCAUUGCUUCUGCUUCCAAGCGCGGCUUCCCAGCUCUCCUUGGCCCUGGAGGAAUGAAGAUGGACGGUCCGUAUGACUGGGUGCCACCCAACUACUGGUACGACGUUGAGCCUUCCGAAGACCGCCUGGGAGCUGCCUUUGGCUUUGGCUCUGAGCUGGGAGCUGGUGUUGGUACCCCCGAGCUGAGCUCUCUCAGGAGGUUUCUCAACCAGAGCGACCUGGAUGAUCUGUGGAAGAAUCCUAACAAGAAUCUCUUUCACAUGUCCACCAACGCUUCGUCGUUCUACAACCGCAAGAUCUACAAUCAAGGCCUCUGGAAGCGCUACGGUGCGCCGACUUCUCUGGAUGACUAUCUGCUGAAAGCCCAGAUGAUGGACUACGAAGCGACAAGAGCUCAGUACGAGGGUUUUGGCGCUCUGUGGACAGCCAGCCGCCCUGCAACCGGUGUCAUCUACUGGAUGCUCAAUAACGCCUGGCCGAGUCUUCACUGGAACCAAUUUGAUUACUAUCUUCACCCUGCCGGCUCUUACUUUGGCACCAAGGUCGGCUCCCGCAUCGAGCACGUCGCGUACAACUACCAGAAGAAGGAGAUUUGGGUCAUCAACCACUCGCUCUACCAGACGGGCUCGCGGAACAUCAAGGUCGAGCUCAUUGACAUGAACGGAAAGCAAAUUGCAAAGAAGUUGGUUCAGGUCAGAACCAAGGCCAACUCGGGCUUCAAGGCCAUGGAUAUCUCGAGUGACAUCAACAAGCUAUCCAGCGUUGCAUUUUUGCGCCUUGUCCUCUCCGAUGAAAAGGGCAGUGUGUUGAGCCGCAACGUCUACUGGGUUACCAAGACGAUCGACGAGCUCAACUGGGACGAGUCGACAUGGUAUUACACCCCAGUCAGCAAGUUUGUGGAUUACACUCCUCUCAACACCCUGGCUACUGCCCAGGUCUCUGUGACGACAAGCGGCGGCAAGCAUCUGCCAGGAAUUCCGGGAUCGCAGACUCGCACAGUCACGCUUGAGAACAAGUCGUCGGUGCCGGCUGUUUUCAUCCGCCUGACGCUGGUGGACAGCAAGGGUAACGAUGUGAACCCUGUCUCUUGGUCUGACAAUUAUGUUACUUUGUGGCCGCAUGAGAAGCUUCAGCUUGAGGUUGGUGGAUGGGAUGGAAGCGGUGACAAGAUUCAGAUCAGCGGCAAGAAUAUCAAGGCCACCACUGUUAAGCUGUAGCGGUCAUGGAUUCUCAUCAGGAACUUCUCAUAUGAGUAAGAGUAGUUAAUAACGAAGUAAUGUUCAUUUCAUUUCUUUUGGUGCCAUAAUCAUAAAGUGGUAUACAAUCUCCUCCUGAGAAGACUUUGCUGCAUUACAACUCGCGCCACCCUGCGCCGCUCUUGUCUUAUAACUCUUUGCCUCAUAAGCAUCGUACAAAAAAUUAUACAAGGUAUCGGAACCCCUUUCUCAUCCGCAGAGCCUCGUCGAUGUCCUCCAUCUCGGCAUGCGCAGUCUUCUCCAGAACAUCCGGCUUAGCCUCCCAGGCCACCUCGCCCGCCUCAAGCUUCUUGUUGAGGUUGGUCAGGAUCAUCUUGAACAAGAAGUUGCCGACAAUGGUAACUCCAAACAUGGCCAAGACAAUGCCAUAGCUCUUGCGGUAGCCGUUCUCGGACAGGUCCCAGACGUACGAACCAGCGACGUUUCCGAGCUGACUGAAAGCGUUGACCAUGGCAAUGGCGACGGCGCGCUUGGCGGGAGGACGGGGGAACGAAGAGCUGAUCCAGCUGUAGAAGACGAUGAAUCCAGCGUAGGAACUGGCCUGCAG